GUCGCGCGAAAGUUUUCAAAUCAAAAAAAAAAGAAAAGAAAAAGGAAUCGUUCGCUCGCGCGGAGCACACAGUGCUCGGUCGCAUAACUGACGCCCUCUCCGCUCACCUCUGCAAAGGCGACCUGCCCCCACAACGCCGCCGCCUGCGACGAAGACGGCGGAGCCAAGCACCUUCUCGCCGCCACCUUCCACUGCUAAUACCACCCCGCCUCCUGCAUCCCAUUUACCGCCGCCGACGAAGCCCAAGCUCGCCGGCGCUACCUUCUGCCUUCUCGCGGAUCCUGGGACGGCCGAGCCGUCGGGCUACACUGCGGCGGGCAAUUAGUUGGUUCUCCUCUCCCGUCGUUGGGGGGCAUCCGUCCGAGGCGCAGUGGAGCAAUCGACGGGAGCCCUUGCGGUAAUUGCUCGGAUUCGAAUUCCAGAUCUUUUCGGAGUUUCUACGGCAACAAUCCUCGCUGGAUCCGGACUCCCUUCUUCUAAUCGGAUCACAGGUGAGGCCUCGGCUCGUUUGGAUAUAAGUGAGCCAGCCCUCGGUGUGCUUCUUCUCAGAUUAGAUACAAGCCAAGUCCAAUUGGUUUGCCGCUGAAGCAACUCUUCUCCAACAAGUCCUGCUUUUGCAAUUGCUCCAAUGGAGGUCUGUAGCGUAGCCAGGAUAACGAGCUUUGCACAAUUUGGCCUGAAAAUUUUGCCUAAGCUCCUGGCUCUUUCUCCCGGUUCAUUGGGGAAAUUCAGAAAGGUCUCACCAGCGAUGGAAACUGAAACUGUGUUGAGAAAACUGCCGGAGCUGCUGCAGGAUGUAUUGAGAAAGGUCUCACCACACAUGGAAACUGAAACUGUGGUGAGAAAUUUGCCGGAGCUGCCGCAGGAUGUAUUGAUGGACAUAUUUUCACUCCUGGAGAUACCUGACCUCAUGCGUGCGGCCACUGUCAGCUCCUCCUGGCGCUCCGCGUAUACCAGCAUCUGCAGCCAGCUUGAGCAGUACAAACGGCCUCAGACGCCUUGCCUCCUCUACACCUCUGAAUCUGCUGGUGAGAACGUAGCUUGUCUCUACAGCCUCGCGGAGAAGAGGGUCUACAAUUUAACUCUCCCGGAUCCACCCAUCCGCAGCAGGUAUCUUCUUGGGUCAUCGCAUGGUUGGCUAGUUACCGCGGAUGACAAGUCUGAGCUACACCUUAUCAAUCCGAUCACUGGCCAACAGAUUGCUCUCCCGUCGGUGGUCACCAUUGGUUAUGUAGAGCCAAUCUUUGACAAUGCAGGCACAGUUAUUAUGUAUAAAUUACGACAGCAACUUUACGAUCCGGACUUAGACCCCGAAAUGGUUGGUCCCAAAAUGUUCCCCCAUGCUCCCGACAAGCUUCGUGACCAUGUCUACAUCAGGGUAUUUAUCUUUCUGGAUCCGUCCACAGGAAGCUACAUUGUGGUUCUCAUCCAUGGUCCAAGAUGUCAGCUUUCGUUUGCAAGGGUAGGAGAUUGUAAGUGGACCUUGCUGACGCCGGAUUGGGACUAUGAUCAAUGCAUCUACAUGGAUGGUCUAUUGUAUGCAUCCACAAGAGCCGGAAGAAUGGAUGCUUUUGACAUCACUGGUCCUACCGCCACGAGGAAUAUAAUUGCAGAUGAGAUUGCCAUUUACAGUUCUGAGUACAGGGGGGAAUUCUACCUUCUUCAGGCUCCAUGGGGUGAUCUGCUGCAAGUUUGCAGGAAGGCUGAACUCAUAGAUGUGGGCUAUGAGGAGCUCAUAGUUAAAACUAAUAAAGUCUUGUUACACAAAGUCGAUAUGGAAGCACAAGAGCUUGUGGAAAUAAAUAGCUUGCAUCAUAACGUGUUGUUUCUUGGGCGUAACCAGUCUAUAUGCCUUAUUGCUGAAGAAUAUCCGCAACUGAAGGCAAAUUGUGUCUAUUUCGCAGAUGAUGAGCAACAUAAUUGGAUGUAUAAGACGAAUCCCCGGGAUAUAGGUGUUCUCAACCUUGAAGAUGAUAGUAGGGAGGAAAUUGUGUCCCCGCUUUGGUCCAGCUGGCCAAGUCCCAUAUGGAUAACACCCAGUCUUACAGUGAUGAACCUGUCAUUGUACAAAUAGGUAGCUUUUUUUAAUUAUGUACCUUGAUUAUGGGGUCUGUCGACCAAAUUUGCCACUCUUUUGCGGGCAGAUGCUAUGACAACGGAAGCAUGUUCCGUUUAUCUCUUUUUUCCAUACAUUGUUUGCUGUAUCUGAUGAAACUAUGGCCGAAAAAUAAAUAUUAGGAAUGGAAAUGGUGCUCUACAACAA